AUGGGUUUUCAUCGUAACCCUCUUCUCACGCUGGCCUAUUUGCUCGGUCUUUUGCUGGAUCCUGUUGCUGCCACCGUCACAGCUGGAUCCUUUCAAGGAAACAAUUACACGACCCUCCACGCCCGCGAUAUAUCUCCUUACCAACCAGAUGCCAUCACUGGUAUUUGCUACACCUACGUUGUCCAAGCACACGACUCUGGCAACUGCAAAAGGAUCGCCGAAACCACCUGCAUCACAGUGGAUGAUAUAGAAAAGUACAACAAAAACAUCUGGCUGUGGAGGGGGUGCAAAAAGAUUAUGCAGGGAGAUUUCAUCUGUCUCGGUCCUGGGGCUAUUCCGAUGCCAGUUGCGCUUCCGAAUGCUAAGUGUGGUCCACAAGUUGUUGGAACUGGGAGACCGGCUAAUAUGGGCGAUCUCGCGAGUUUGAACCCGUGUCCGUCGAAGGAUGAAUGCUGUCAAGGCACUACCGGUGGAUGUACUUCUACUAGCCUCAAACAGUGCAAGGAUAGCUAUUAUUGUAUUCAGAACUGCGUGGAUAAUCCGAAAAGCACGACUAGUACUACAACGAAAAAGAAGAGAGCCACGACCAGUACCACUACGACCACCACUGCUACAACGACGACAAAGAAAGGACCCCAGACUAGAACCACUACAUCUAAACCUCGCGAGAAAACGUGGAGCGUAACCAUCUACCAGGGCAGGGACUGUGAAGCAGAUGACGGCAAUUAUGCCCUUGUAGAGGGAUACACAACCGGCUGGUCUGAAUGCAUUGACAUUAACUCGGAUUUCAAGUCUGAUAUGGGAUCGGGUAAGACCUCUUGUCGGCUGUUCAUCGACGGGGGGUACAACUGGACAUCCUGUGAUCAUUGGGACCUGCUGAAGCCCGGUUCGUGGUAUGUUCAGCAGGGGCUCUGUGAUGUUUAUACCGAUGGAAAUUGUGGAUCUGGCAGUGGCCGGAUUAGCUCAGAUAUCCUCGGUUGUCAGGAUAAGAAUACGCUGGCUUUUGGGCCGGAGAAGUUUGGGUCUCUUAUGUGCAAGAAUGCUGCUUCAAGGGUACUGUAUUCAUGGUGUCGAUCAGUCUGA